CUCUCCCUUUCUUUUCGUCUCCACUGUUUCCUCCUCCUUUUAAUUAUUCCUCCUCACCUUCGCCUUUGCAAGUUCACUGCAACCCCAACAGAUCACCCCUGCGACUGCGAGUGAUUUGAUCUAACCGAAAGAAAAAUCAGCAGGAUUAGCCCUAGCUAAGUACUUUAGCUGAUUAGCUAGCUAGCCUUCUCUUCUCUUCUCUUCUCCCUUGGUGAGCGAGCUGGUCGGUCGUUGUGCCAAGAAAGCCAUCGCUCGGUUGCAUACGCUAAUGGAGGAGCUUGAAGGCCACCGGGGAGCAGGGCCGUUCCUGCCGUUUUCCAGGGUCUCCGUGCAAGUCUACACCGUCCCUAGCUCGUCCUACACCGCCGCGGUGGCGGUGGGUGCUGCUGCGGCUGCUGCAGGUGGAGGAGCUCGUCAGGUGUUGGCGUCGGGCUGUUGCACCGGCGACGCGGGACGACGGCGAUCGUGGCCACGGCGGCCGCGCGGAGUUCUUGACCCCGUCAAGGCCAGGAUCGUCUCCCACCCACGCUACCCCUACCUCCUCGCCGCCUUCCUCGACUGCCACAAGGUUGGCUGCCCCGCGGAGGCGGCCGAGGAGAUCGCGGCGGCCGCGCGGGCGCGGGAGGCGCGGCAGCGGGCGGCGGCGGCGGGCCACAUGCCGGCGGCGGCGGACCCGGAGCUCGACCAGUUCAUGGAGGAGUACUGCAAGCUGCUCGUGGACUGUAAGGAGGAGCUGAGCCGGCCGCUGCAGGAGGCCGAGGAGUUCAUCAGGACGGUGGAGUCAGAGCUCAACACCAUUAAUUCUGGGCCACCCCUUGCAACUCUCAUCUCAGAAGACAAAACCGGCCUUGGUUCAUCAGACGACGAACAAGAAGACGGCAGUGGCAUGGAGGUGGAGGCCGCUGAAGACGAAGCCGUCGGCGUAGACCCUCGCUCCGACGAUAGGGAGCUGAAGAGGCACCUGCUCAAGAAGUACAGCGGCUACCUGGGCAGCCUGAGGAAGGAGCUGUCCAAGAAGAAGAAGAAAGGCAAGCUUCCCAAGGAGGCCCGGCAGAAGCUCCUCACCUGGUGGGAGCUCCAUUACCGGUGGCCGUACCCGUCGGAGAUGGAGAAGAUCGCCCUCGCCGAGUCGACGGGGCUGGAGCAGAAGCAGAUCAACAACUGGUUCAUCAACCAGCGGAAGCGCCACUGGAAGCCGUCAGAGGAGAUGCAGUUUGCCGUCAUGGAGGCUUACCACCAUUACCACCACUACCAGCAGAAUGCCAACAGCGACGCUGCCGCGGCCACGGCGGCGCUCUACGUCGACGCCCGCCUCAUCGGAGCGGCGGCUCCAGCAGCGGCCGUGUAUGCCCGGCCGGAUCACGGCGUGUGGCAUGCUAGCUGAGGAGGUUUUGGACCUUGCACGAUUCGCCGUUGCACCAUCUGGAACUGGAAUUAAUCUGAACUGUUCUUGCCUAAAUAUAGGUUUGAGUUGAUGAUGCUUC